CGCUGUGCGGGCCGGGCCGGGCCUCUGCUGCCCCGGCCCGAGAGGGCGGCGGACGCGGACGGGAGGGGCCGGGCGGCGCAUGCGCAUGGCCCGGGGGCGCGGGGCGAGGGCACUCGCCGGGGACCCGAGUAGGGUCCCGGGACCAGGGGCCGCUCUCGCUCGGUGCCCCUCCAAGCGCCCGAGGCUGUCGGCGGAACCGGAGACCUCCUGACCCUGGGUCCUUCGGUGUCCCCUGGGAGGCCAGGCCCGCGGCGGGGACGUCGGUGCGCUGUGGAGUUCGGGUGUCACAGAGCUGGGGGGCGCUUUCGAGACCCCCAGGGACCCCUGAGGCGAGCCAGGGCUGGAGUCCCGGGCCCUGCCUCUGGGAGAAGUGACAAGCUCAGAAGCAAGACGGAGUCACCGCAGCUCAACAAAUUGAGCUAAAGGACUUCUAAAUCUUAAAUAUAAUACCUAAAAAAUGUAAAGAAUCCGGUGGAGUAGUGAAGUAGAGCUGGUGGAAAGAGGCAAGUCCAUCGUGUGACAAGUGUCUGUCACCGCAUCAGUGCCACUGCUCUGUAGGCUGGUGCUGAGAGGCUGGCCGGCCCCCUCUGGUCAGGAUGGUGGACACGGGAAGCCCGCUCUGCGUUCUCUCUGCCCUCGAUGCCGAUGACCUGGAAAGCCCAUUAUCUGAAGAGUUCCUUCAGGAAAUGGGGAACAUUCAUGAGAUUUCACAAUCCAUUGGUGAGGACAGCUCUGGAAGCUUCAGUUUUCCGGAAUACCAGUGUCUGGGCAGCGGCUCCGGAUCAGAUGGCUCCGUGAUCACAGACACCCUUUCACCCGCGUCCAGUCCCUCAUCAAUCACCUGUCCCGUGGUUCCUGGUGGUGUUGAUGAAUAUCCCAGCGGAGCCCUCAACAUUGAAUGCAGGAUCUGUGGGGACAGGGCUUCAGGCUACCACUACGGGGUCCAUGCAUGUGAAGGCUGCAAGGGCUUCUUCCGGCGAACAAUUCGGCUAAAGCUGGUGUACGACAAAUGCGACCGCAGCUGCAAGAUUCUGAAGAAGAACCGCAACAAGUGCCAGUACUGCCGCUUUCACAAGUGCCUUUCCGUGGGGAUGUCCCACAAUGCGAUUCGCUUCGGCCGCAUGCCGCGAUCGGAGAAGGCCAAGCUGAAAGCCGAGAGCCUCGCGUGCGAGCAGGACGCCGAGGGCCCCGGCGGCGCCGACCUCAGGUCCCUGGCCCGGAGGAUCUACGAGGCCUACCUGAAGAACUUCAACAUGAACAAGGUCAAAGCCCGCGUCAUCCUCGCGGGGAAGACCAGCAACAACCCGCCCUUUGUCAUACACGACAUGGAGACGCUGUGUAUGGCUGAGAAGACACUCGUGGCCAAGAUGGUGGCCAACGGCAUCCAGAACAAGGAGGCAGAGGUCCGCAUCUUCCACUGCUGCCAGUGCAUGUCAGUGGAGACUGUCACGGAGCUCACCGAGUUCGCCAAGGCCAUCCCGGGCUUCGCAAACUUGGACCUGAACGAUCAAGUGACCUUGCUCAAAUACGGAGUUUAUGAGGCCAUAUUCACGAUGCUGUCGUCACUGAUGAACAAAGAUGGGAUGCUGGUAGCCUACGGGAAUGGUUUUAUCACGCGGGAGUUCCUAAAAAACCUGAGGAAACCGUUUUGUGAUAUCAUGGAACCCAAGUUUGACUUCGCCAUGAAGUUCAACGCACUGGAGCUGGAUGACAGUGACAUUUCCCUUUUCGUGGCUGCUAUCAUCUGCUGUGGAGAUCGGCCUGGCCUCCUAAACAUAGGAUCCAUUGAGAAGAUGCAGGAGGGCAUUGUGCACGUGCUGAGGCUUCACUUGCAAAGCAACCACCCGGACGACACCUUCCUCUUCCCCAAACUCCUCCAAAAGAUGGCAGACCUGCGGCAGCUGGUCACGGAGCACGCGCAGCUGGUGCAGGUCAUCAAGAAGACGGAGUCGGACGCGGCACUGCACCCGCUGCUGCAGGAGAUCUACAGGGACAUGUACUGACCGCCGUGGGCAGCAGCACCCCUGGCGGGCUGACAGGGCACGCUGCUAUUUCCCCGUCACCGCUGGGGCAUCCCAGCUGUAGGGAACCAAGGACAGCUCCGCGUCUGGCUUGUCUUCAACCGAGCACGUGCCUGGGUCUCCGAGGCUGGUGGUCCAUGGCUGGGAAGAUGAGGAGAGAGCUGUUCACCAGCCUGACUGUAGCCCACCCCACGGUAAUCAAGGCACGUUGCCUUACAUCACACUAGCAGUCCUCCGUCUGACUGACUGGCCACCUCCAGCCAUGCAGCCCGUCUCCCCUGUACCCCGCUUCCGUGGUCCUGUGCCUUCGUAAAUUUUGGAAACUAAUCAGCACUUUUUAACAACUUUUAUAAUCCCCUACAUCUGGAUGCAGCCAAAGGUCCAGUAUUUAAAAAGCAGCACAAUAUUUAUUCGGAGACUUCAGUGCUGUUUCUCACAUCGGAAGGGGCAGCGGCUGCUCCGCAGUCGUAGCUGGAGGACUGUAAAGAACCCUUGGCUAAGCUAGCAGAGUGCAGCUCGCUUCGGGGCUGUGACAGGCACACGGGAAAGGCCUGGUUCAGGGUGAGCCAGGAAACCCCGGAAACGAGAGCACCUCUGGGCCGUUGGAGGCCACCAGGCGCCGCCCGGAUCCUCUGCUCCCUGCUCCCAGCAGACCUGGGCCCUCGGCUGUGUGUGGCCUCCGUGGUGUUUUUAGGGACAGACUGGGGAAGGAUCUGUGGAUUUUUCUCUGGGCCCCAUUUGGCGGCUCUUGUGUCUUUCCCUAUGUUGCUUUUUGAACCAUGGCACUCUUCCCCCUGGGCCCCCCGGGGACAGUAGAUGCUCCUGGAGUGGAAAUGAGGCAGACAUGAGUUCACAUCCUGGGCCGGGAGCCGCUGCUCACUUGGAGAGUGUGUCCUUCAAAGCGUGGCUUUACCUGGUCUCAGAUUUCAGACGCAGUUAGGUUAAGUCUCUUUCCCACCGUACGGGCAGUCUUCAGAAAGUUCAUGGAAAAUGCGUAUUACGAAAAACCUGUGCAUGGAUUUUUUUUUUUGACAGGCAGAGUGGACAGUGAGAGAGAGAGAGAAAGGUCUUCCUUUACCAUUGGUUCACCCUCCAAUGGUCGCCGCGGCUGGCGCGCUGCAGCCGGUGCACAGCACUGAUCUGAAGGCAGGAGCCAGUUGCAUGGAUUUUUAAACAAAUUUUGCACCAAAAGUAUCUUUUAAUUCCAUUUUCCACGAUCUUUUUGAAGUGUGCUAGGCUGUGUGAGGCAGUUUUGCAACACCUAAAAUAUGUGUUUUUGCCUUAAAGAGCAACCUCUCCACCUCAGGCAGCUGGGAAAGCCAGGUGGCUGGUGCCCUCUGUCCAGGGACUGCCGUCUCUUGCUGUCCAUGUGGCAGACAAAUGGCCCCUGCAGCCAGACCUGGGCUGAACGUGCCCACCGGUACACUUGCCAUGGGGCUGUAUCUUUGUUGGAUGCCCUCCCAUCCCUGGGCUGCUUUUAGAAAAACGUGGCUCUUCCAAGGUCAUUAUUAAGAAAUGACUAGGACUGAUGCUGCUGAAGGGCCCAGGGUCAAUGUGACGAAAACACAGCUGUGGACAGGACGUGGACUUCACGCAGAGGGGAGCGGAAGUUAGGGGCAUCACAUCCGUUUUGAAAAAUUCCACAUGUAGUGGAGUUUGGGGUUUUAUUUUAUUGUUGUGAAGAUCCAAUCAAAGGAUCCGUGGGCCAGCAGCAGCGGGCAAUCUGCCCAGUGUCUUAGGAAUCAGAAGCAAAGCAUUUCCAUGUGGGAUGCCAGGUGAGAAGGUGGCCGGCCUCCGGGCCACAUGGCACAUCCAGGAGCCCACGAGCUCCUGCACUGGCGGCGUCGGAGGCACCCAGGGCAGAGGCCAGAUUCCAAGGCCUCCAGGCUGGUUGCCUCACUGGCUGCGCAGGACAGAUAGCCGGGGCCUGGCAGAGCGAACGGUGGGACCCAGGCGUUCAGAGAAGCUGGUGGUUCUGCGUCCAUUUCCAUGAAGCCUGUUUAGGAGCUCCCCAUGCCCUGCCCAUAGCAGGAGCAGCCAAGCUGCGCCCCAGGCCAAGCGCUGACUCGCCACGGCUCAGCGGGGUCAAGGAGCACUGACCUCCAUCCUCCGGGGCCGACAAGACUUCCAGCGAUGCCGCCUAUGGCGCCACCACAGUGACCUCGCUGGCUCUUGUUAAUAGGAAGGAAAAUCACGUGUUCCCACUCAUUUGGAUAACAGGCACUAAUAGCCACUCAGUGCUAGAGCAUCUUGGGUUGAUUAAUCAGGAAUUUCUCAGGGCAUCCAUAAUCAAAUGUAGGCAGAUUACUUACUAGUCCAAAAUACUGUAGCAUUGCAGAUAGGAGUCACAGAGUGCCUGUGGCUUUCUGGGUUGCACAUCAGCAGAGGACUGGAGAGAUGUGGCAAGGGGGAGGAGAACACACGUGUGGAGCCUGCUUCCUCCCGCGGUGAGCACAGGACGGCCCCGCCUGACCCUCUCUGCAGCUCCUGGGGAAAGCCUGGUUCUUCCUCAGCUUUCAACAGCCACCAGCGCCCAAGUCCUUGGAGACCACCAAGUGACCAAGCCACCGGGCUGGCGUGCUGACCACAGCAAAGGAUGGCUGGGCUCGUCCAAGCUGGACCCCGCAGGGUGCAGGAACAGCAUGUCCUCCCCUGGCUGCCCUGGGCCCAGCCCUGCCUCCCAGGCACUGCCCGCUGGGCAUCCCACGUGCUGCCUUUUGUGGCCACCACACCUGGGCACGCCUGAGACCAUUCGGGCAGGAAGCCUGCAGUUAGAGCGAGUGGGCCCAGGAGCUUGGUCCUUGCCUCCACCUCGCUGCCCCCUUCCCCGACCUCCUCUGCUCUCUGAUGAGCUCCCAGCCCCUUCCCACAGUGUGCGUUUGCCCUACACACAGAACGAACCCACGGAGGGGCGGAGAGAAGCCCGGGGCUUGGCGCAUUCACAAGAACCCACUGCAGGGUCUCUCUGGUCACCCCAUGAGCACAGAAAGGAACUUCCUGCUUGUUCUGAUGCGCAUGCCCCCCGGGCCUCCUAAGAUACCAAGGGAAAGAACUGCUGCCCACAGCCUCCAAGGGCGGAGAAGCUCAAGGUCACAAGUCAGUAUUUGACACAUGAUGCUAAGCGAGCUGGAAUUAGCCUCUGCUUGUCCUGGCCCCCGUGUGAGCCGUGCUGUCCCAGCAGUCCUGGCGGUGGCGCUGUUAGAGGCCUCCCCAGUAGCUCUGUCCUCCGAGUGCACGCUCGCCCUUGCCUGUCAGCACACAGAUGAAGGGCAGGGGGUCCUUGUCUUGACCCAGUGGCCACCUGGGGUUUAAAGUGUCUCGCUGAGCUCCAUUUUAAAUCUGGGCCCACUGUCUCAACCAAAGAGCCAUUUUAAGUUCAGAACUCUGCGGAUCCAGACCAGACAUGGAAGCCACCCUGUGCACAGAAGUCCCAGAUUGCCAGCACGGCCCCUGGGGCAGGCUCACCUUGUGAACGAGUAGCCCUGGAGGACUUGCUGCCACGCACCUGACCUUCAUGGUCUUGGCACUGCGACCAUGGGCAGGGUUUCUUUCUUCUCUUUCUAAAAGUGGCCCAGCCCCUCUUAACUCCUGGUCCAAGCUGAUUUGUUCAGCUGCACCAGAGUUUCUUACCACCCGAAUCUCUGCAUGAGUCAAGGGGACUGUGUGGACCUUCCCCGUGCUGGUGGGAGCCACGGUGCAAGCCUGGGUUCAGAGGUCACCGGCUGAACAGAAAGUUGAGGCAGAAAGGGAGCUGGGCUGUGCUUGUCUUCGUGGAGCAAGCGACAAGUAAGUGUUGGGUAAUCGGCUCUGUGCUGCUGGCAGCCAAGGCGUGCCUUCCUAAGGGACCCCAUGCCGUCCACUCGCAUUGCCUUCCUCGCUGUGCAGAGCCCCUCUGCCUGGGAAGAUCCUGGCGUAGGCUCCAGGGGCCGAGGUCUGCACUGUCGCUGGCGUUUAUUCAUGUCGCUUGCCAUUUUAAUGGAGUGCAGGCCCCUGGCCUGUGAAACAGACAAGGGUGAGGAGAAAGGCAGUCUCACUCAACGCGCGUGGCCGUUAGAUCCCUCUGGAAGCUUUGCUCGGUAGACAGCGAGGGUCACCUGUGGCUUCCUGACUGCAUGAUGCCGUUUUGGGGGAUGCAGCAGCGGAGCGGACGGCAGGCUUAUGAAAACCUGGCCUGUGUGUGGCCCAGGGCAUCCUCUCAGAGCUGGCCCAGGGAUGUUGGCUGCCUGUGAGGUUUUCCUUCUCUCACCCUGGUGUCGGCGAAGGGGCUGUGUGGCACAGCUCAGCUGAGACACGCACGACCCACCUGUAGAGUCCCUCGCUGCCGAGGACAGACCAGAGCACAUCCUUGUCCAGCCCUGCGUCUCGCCCAAAGCCACUGGGAACACCUAGUACGUGAGUGGCCCCUGGCUGUUCGAUGCCUUAUUUGCAGUCAAUCAACCCUUCGAUGAGAAACAGCGAUUUUUACAUCACAGGCAGCAAAAGUCAGGUGUGGGGUUUUUUGGUUUGUUUGUUUUUUGUCUUCUAAGGAAAAGAAACUUUGCUAGUUUGAAAAAGUGUCCUUGUUUUUGUCCAGAGAAGGGGACACACUAGCCAUGGCCUCUUCCAGGAGCCAGCAUCCAGAACUUGGGAAUUUGAUGAGGCCCCGGGCAGGGGACUCUCUGGGCACCUCUCCCAGAGAGGGUUGGGCUAGUGAGUGGCUGAUCUCAUGGUAAAAUCACUAUGUUUGGAAAAUGCACUUUUUUAAAGGCAUAGUUGGCUCAUGUUUCAGGCAUCAGAAGAAACGUACCUCACAAAUGACCACCACUUAGUGCCUUCCGUGGUGAUCACGGCACUCGUGAUGAGUAGCACUAUUUUUCUACACUGUACCAUGAAAGAACUGUCAAUAGCUAGAUCAUAAAUACUGUGAUUGAAAUCUUUUUUAAAAACCAUCCUAAUGCGAGUAUUUUACUGACAAUCAUGCAUCUAAUCACAAACAUUUGGAUCUCUUGAAAUCCGUGUUGAUGUAUACCCUUCAAAGCCGGACUUCCGAACCUCCUGGCACACAGAAGCCACAGUAAGGCGACAGCUGCACUACACCCGUGCACACCCGCCGAAGCUCCGGAGCCAGGCAGAAUUUACUCUGCAUGUGCAGGAAGUGCACACGUGGCCUUGCACGCACUCCCAGCAGCAAGGCCUGCUCCAACCUGACGUCAGAGGCCCGGACUGCACACACUGGGCUGUGCUGAAGACCACCUCCUCCUGCCGCCUGGCGCACAGCUCCCUGCUAUCCAGGGAGUGACAACCCGGGUCAUCACCAAAGAGCCCUGGCAAGUGGCAAGACCCCGACAGAAGCGGCUGACACCUGCCGCCCCUUCCAUGUGGCUCAACCAGAAGCCUAGAGCAGAAACCACAGAUCUCGCAAGUCUCCCUACGUGUCGUCAGUGUCUUGGCCAAGCUUCUGUCGCUGCAGUGUUUGUAACACGUGUGGGAGCCACAGUAGUGCCGUGCUCAAACCCCAAGGGACAGGGUGUGCAGGACAAGCUCAGGGUCUGAUGGGUGCUUGGGUGCCUCACCCAGUGUCUGGAUCUUACAGCCCUGGUUCUGCACUAACCAGGAGCAGCUCCACGGCAGGAAUGGCGGGGCAGGCUCUUCUGUCCGAGCAGGGCAGGUACGUCCGGGACCUCAGGAAUCAUGGGUGUGCGGAGAAGGGCAGAUGUCAUUCUCCCAGUCGUGUUAGCUGAUUGUUUCCAAGCAGUUAGAAGAUGGCUAUAAAAUAACCUUAUUGUUUAAAAAUCUGGGGUCUUCAUUUUCUGGUUAGGAGAUUGAACAGCCCAUCUGUAUCGAUUUCUGGAAAUUGGGAAUGUAUAUGUUUGGAAAGUCCUACUGUAAGACUGAUGAAUGUAAAGAGUUAAUUUCAGGGUACAGAUUUGCCUUAAUGGUUUUAAAAAAUAAACUAUUUUUAAAAAUUG